UGGGCUGUGGGCGUUUGUGUGUGUGUGUGUGUGUGUGUUUGCCCCUCUCUAGGAGGGACCCUAGCCGCCACACCGGCGGUCGGCUCUCUCCCUCGUCGGCGCUCACCCCGGCCGGCUGCGGCUGCGCUUCCUCCCUUCCUCCACGUCAGUGCUAACCCCUGUGGGCUGCGUCGCUCCACUCCUUCCUCGACGGCAGAGCUAAGCCCAGGCGGCUGCUCCGCCGCUCUGUCUCUCCCUCGACGGAGCUCUCACCGGUCCGCUCUCUCCCUCGACGGCGCUAACCACGGCCGGCUGCGUCGCUCCGCCUCUUCCUCGACGGCAGCGCUCAACCCAUCCCGCAAAGCUGUUAAUUCGUCCAUCAUCGAACCACAGAAAGAGGUUGUCGUGGUAGCAUCGAAAUGAAGUUCAGAGUUGUCUGCAGGAAGUUAUAUGAUUACGUGAGGUAUGAUCUUAGAGAGAUCGCGUUCCCGUCUUCUCUGCCAGACCCUCCGGGUUACAAGCCGCGCCCUAAGCUCACGUUGAACGAAAAGUGGUGUAUUCUCAAAGAGGCUACCAGGCUCUAUGCGGCUUCCUGGGUCAGGGACAUCGGCCCUGAGCUCAGACCGAACGACUACAAGAAGGUCAAAGAGGAGUCCAGCUCCAGCAAGUCCGAGGAAGGGAAAACUACAAGUGAGCCUACUGUGCUUGAGGACCUCGCGGUGGCGGCGAGGGGUGGGGCUGAAACCCUGAAGCCUGCGCUGCGGCGCAUAUACAUGACCCGCGCCUCGACCUACACGAGUGCGGUGAAGAACUAUGUGGAGACCUAUCAGGAAGGGCUGAAGGAUGUCCUGGAUGAGAAGGUUGCUGGUAAAGGUCACCAGCCAGGCAGUGAGCCAACAAAAUCAUCAACGUCGCCACCUCCUCCGCCGCCAUCAUGAGUUUAUUUCAGUUUCGGAUUUUUCAUUAGCACUCAGCACCUUAUGGUUUGUAUGUAGUGGAUCAGAGUUAAUGGCUGUGCGCUUGGGUAGAACAGACAGCUGUGAUUUGCUUCAUUUCCCAAAUAAUGCAGCAUAAGUUGGUCCCUGAUCUACUACUAGGGGGGGUGAUCACUGAACUGUAUAUUGUUGCCAUGGAGAUCUUUCUUGGGAUCAAAAUAAGUGUCUUCUAGGCUGUGUACUUGCCUUGCUGCUAGAAAUAGAGGCCUAUUCUGUCCUUUUCUUGGAUGUAAUUCUGUACCUAAUUUGUUUCUAGGUCACCAAGCUCAAUGUUUCAAUGAGAUGUGUCGAUUGAUGACGA